CACCCCCCAGCCAAAUAUAUCCUCUCCCCUUCAUCGAAACGCAAAGUUUCUUGGCACCUCAGCCAUAGCGCUCUCCGCAGCGGAGGUCCCCCGGCGGCCUCUCGGGGCCGUGUGCGCCCCUGCCGCUAUGUCUCAACUUCCACCCGCCCCUCCCCCACCCCCUCUUCCUCCCCAGGAAUACGACGAGGAGGAGAUCCCUCCCUUCCUGCUGUCGACCGCCCGCCUCCCCCCGCCCCCCACGUCCCUGUGCAAGCAGCGGUCGUGGUCCCCCGACAUAUCCCGGGACGAGGCCUGGGCCCGGCGGCAGGGAACCCAUGGGAGCCGUCUGCGCCGUACAAAGAGCGUCACCGACGAGGACCUCGACGAGCUUAAGGCUUGCAUAGAACUUGGGUUCGGUUUCGACUCCCCCGAGGUCGACCCCAAGCUGUCGGACACCUUCCCUGCCCUCGAGUUCUACUACGCGGUUGUCAACAACAAGCAGUUCAAUGACGUCGCCCCGAAGUCGUCUAAUUCUGCGGAAGCCUCCGACUCCUCCCCUAUGUCUCCGGCCGACACCCCCAGCCACCACGCCAUAUUCACCCCCGGGGACAAUCCGCGGGUGGUGAAGACAAGACUGAGGCAGUGGGCGCAGGUAGUCGCGUGUUCGGUGCGGCAAUCAUCAGUCUGAUCCCGACAUGAAGUUAGUUGAUCAGUUGUCGUCCGAUGAUGUGAUGAUUUUGCUAUGUAUAAAAUCUCAUCAAAAUUUAAGCGGGCAUCUUCGUCAUGGGUUGAAUGUGAACCUAACCGCAGUUGUUCAUUCACCAUAGUGGUAACCAGAAAGAGUCGGCCCAUUAACGUCUUUGCCCACUUGCCCCUCUCCUUUCCUCUCUUUCCUUUUCUUCAGAUAUUAUGUUUUAUUGUAAUUAAUUUAAUUAUUGUGGGGCUCUCCAAAUUAUAUAUGAUUCCCCCACCGACUGUCCGUUUGAAAA